AUGGACAGCCGAGAUGGGCACAAUGAAUGCCACAUAUUCUAUAGCGAUGUCGAUACGCUCAACGAGAAUGAUUUCUCAAAAGCUUUCCCGGGUACGAUCCAUGCUGAAAGCGCAAAUACCCAGCACGACCCUAUCGAUCUCGACGGUUUGAGCUGGCCUGGCAAAGGCACACGCAAGAGAAAGGAAGCGACCAACCAGGAAAAGGAAGAGCAAUUGGCAAAGCUAUCUGGUGCAGUGAGGACAAUACUGGAAUGCAUCGGCGAAGACCCCGACCGUGAAGGGCUACUGGAUACUCCAGAUCGCUACGCAAAAGCGUUUCUCUUCUUUACACAAGGCUAUGAAGAGAACCUGCGCGGAAUUUUGAAUGGCGCUGUAUUCGACGAAGACCACCAUGAGCUCGUGAUGGUAACGGAUAUUGAUGUUUUCUCCCUUUGCGAGCAUCACCUCGUGCCAUUCACUGGAAAAAUACACGUUGGUUACAUCCCCAAUGGCCGGGUGAUCGGCCUCUCCAAGCUCGCUAGAAUCGCCGAGAUGUUCUCCCGCCGACUCCAGGUGCAGGAACGGCUCACAAAGCAAGUAGCCCUCGCCCUUUCCGAGGUUCUCCAGCCGCAAGGUGUUGCUGUCGUAGUGGAGUCUAGCCAUCUUUGUAUGACCAUGCGUGGAGUUCAGAAGAUAGGCGCAACCACUACAACCAUGUCGAUGCUCGGUUGCAUGCGGUCGACAGCCAAAAUUCGAGAACAGUUCUUGAAUCGCAUCAACCAGAAAUAA